CAUAACAGACUGUAUGGACGAGUGUUUUGUAGGAAAGCAUCAAUUGAUGAAUUCAUGCCUUUAAUGACAUUCGCUGUAAUUUGUAUUCACUUUUCAAAAGUGAUAAUCAGUUAAUCAUUUCGUAUCGCAUGUUAUCUGACUAUCAAUUGAUUGAUUUGCAGCACAAUUAGUGUAUUGUUGUUAUCAUUGCAUAAACAAUGUUUGCCUUACGAUCGGUGGCCCGGAGUCUAACCAAACGACACAACUCUUUAAAUAAGUUUCAAAUCCUCACAAACCGUGACAUUAAUGUUCACAAAACUUUGGUCCGCUUAAGACAUACGGCCAGAAUCAACACUAUUGUUGUCUUUGUUCCCCAACAGGAGUCUUGGAUUAUUGAAAGGAUGGGCAGAUUUAACAAGAUGUUAGAACCCGGUCUCAAUAUACUGCUCCCAAUUGUCGAUUCAGUCAGUUAUGUCCAGAGUCUCAAAGAGAUAGCCAUCGAUAUUCCUCAACAGUCGGCCGUAUCGGCUGAUAACGUGACGCUUAACAUCGAUGGUGUGCUGUAUCUGCGAGUUGUGGACCCGUAUAAGGCGUCGUACGGCGUCGAAGACCCGGAGUUCGCGAUCACACAAUUGGCUCAAACGACGAUGAGAUCCGAAAUCGGAAAAAUCACUUUGGAUUCGGUGUUCAAAGAGAGGGAAUCUCUGAAUAUAGCGAUCGUUGAGUCAAUUAAUACCGCGAGUCAGUCGUGGGGUCUGAAGUGUAUGCGGUAUGAGAUCAGAGACAUAUCGCUUCCCACUCGAGUUCAAGACGCGAUGCAAAUGCAAGUGGAGGCCGAACGCAAGAAAAGGGCGGCUGUUCUCGAGUCGGAGGGCAGAAGAGAGGCCGAGAUUAAUAUCGCCGAAGGUAUGAAAAGGUCUCGCAUUCUGGCCUCAGAAGCAAUCAAAACGGAACAAAUCAAUAGCGCUGAAGGU